CGGAACCCGGUGUGGACAGAGCUGCUGGUUCCGAAUCCUAUUCAUGAUUUGACGUUUUAAACAUCACAAAUAGUCAACAGAUGAACUUUCCCAGCUACAGUGAACGCACCUCAACGUGUCACGUGACGCUAGUCAGCUGGUCUACAGAAUGCGGAAGCAGAACCUAACAUGGAGGUGCUGGACCGUUUACCAGAACCGGACUGCGUGAAGCUCUGUCACAGGCUGGUGGACGGGCUGUGCGGGAGGGAGCCUCCCUGUCGGGGCGAGUAUGGCGCCACCUGGAGUCUGCAGGAGUGGGCGGGGCUGCGGGACUCCUUGACGGCCCUUUUCUGUCGGGCAGUGGGGAGCAACUCUGCAGACGAGGAGGUUCUGGCUGAGCUGCAGAAGCUCUGCAGCAGACACGCCCACGCCGUGCUGAACGUGCUGCGAUCCCGCCGACGGGAGGUCCGGCUGGCUCUGCUCAGCAGAACCGACUGCAUGUCGUCUGCCGCGCUGCAGGACUUUGACUGGAGCCUGAAGUUAGCUUUAUCCAGCGAUAAGAUCUCGUCCCUCAACACUCCGCUGCUCAGCCUCAGUCUGGAUGUGAGGGAGAACGGAGCGCUGCGGCCAGUCGCCGUGGAGAUGAGCAAGGAGGAGCUGAGCGCCCUCAUUAGCUCGCUAGAAGCUGCUAAUAAGGUGAUGCUGCAGAUGAAGUGACGAAGAUCCUCAGGAUUGAGGCUCCUUUCUGUGCUGGAGUCCCAUCAUCAUCAUCCAGCCUCCUUCACUUCCUCGCAGCAUUCAGCGUCACAUGAGUGAGGACUGUGGGUGAAGGAUUUACGACAGUAAAAGGAAACAGUGUCAUGUGACUUUAGUUCAAACAACCAGAUCAGCCUUAUUCCAAACCCCCCCCCCCUACACCUGCUGAAUCAGAAACGAGAAAUAAAUGUAGAAACCCGUAAA